CGUUCACACUAUCUUCUUCCUGUUUCAUCAAUCUCAUCCUUCAGCUGCUCAUGUUCGAUCAUGGAAAAUGUUCUUGAUGUCCCUGAGUACUUCACGUGUCCCAUAUCUCUGCAGCUCAUGAGAGACCCCGUGACCGCCGUCACCGGCAUCACCUACGAGAGGGAGAGCAUCGAGCGGUGGCUUUCCGGCAGCGAGAGUGCUACCUGCCCCGUCACGAAGCAGCCGUUGGCAAAGGGCUCCAACCUGACCCCGAACCACACCCUCCGCAGGCUGAUCCAGUCCUGGUGCGAUGAGAACGCCUCUCAGGGGGUCCAUCUCGUUCCCACCCCGAGGGCGCCCCUCGACAGGUCCUACUUGCUUAAACUCGUCGGAGACAUCCAAUGCGGUCGAUCGGCCAUCGAUGCCCUCAGACGCAUUGAGAUGCUUGUGGUAGAGACCGAGCGAAAUCGAACUGAUAUUGUAGAGGCUGGCGUUCCCAAGGCUAUACUGUCGUAUGUUGCGAAAUGUUGCCAGGAAAGCCGGACCGUCGGUCUCGAGGAAGCAUUGAGCAUACUAGUACUACUUCGAGUCCCAUCCACAGAUUAUGCUAAGCUGCUUCUCGGCCAAAACGAUCGGAUCAUCAAAUCACUGACUUGGGUUUUAGGUUGUGAAGUCCACAAUCGCAUCACAGUGAGAUCACAUGCGCUUAUAGUCCUCAAGACGAUGAUCAAAGCGGCGAGUUCCUCAGUGCUAGAAAGAUUGGAAAGCGAGUUCUUCCGAACAAUCAUCGGUCUCCUAAGGAAUGGCAUCACCCGACAAGCGCAAAACGCGUUGCUCCAAACAUUGCUAUACUUGUGCCCAUGGGGGAGAAACCGUGCGACGAUGGUGGAGCACGGCGCUGUGUUCGAGCUCGUCGAGCUGGAACUAGGGUUCCCGGAGAAGAAGACCACUGAGCUAAUCCUCGGAGUCUUGUUCCACCUAUGUUCUUGCGCCGAAGGGAGGGCUCAGUUCAUCGGCCACAGAUGCGGGAUCGCCGUGGUCUUGAAGAGGAUUCUGAACGUCUCGCAUGCCGUGGACGAGCGGGCCGUCCUCAUACUUUCGAAUUUGAGCAAGUCUUCGGGAAAUUCGAUGUUUGUCCGGGAGAUGCUAGUGGUCGGAGCUGUGCCGAAGCUUUGCUUGUUGUUACAGGCGGAUUGCGCGACGUACCUGAAAGACAGAGCUCGAGAAAUACUCAAAACGCACUUCGACGAAUGGAAGAAGUCUCCUUGUAUCGAUGAUACGCUCUUGACUAGGGUUACUAGGUGAGUGCAUGAUUUCCUUUUUCCUUUAUUUUUUUUUUUGGGGGGG